AUGUUUACGUCUCCUGCACCUGCGGCACUGACCGGUUCUGUUUCCUUGGCAGCCUCAUCUCCAUCCAUCUCUGCCUCCGCUUCAACAUUCCAUCCAACGGCCUCGACCUCCAGGACAAGGAGGGGUCUGAGUUAUCUCCGCAAUUAUACACACCAGCACUUGCUAUCGAGGGAUCACAACAGUGCCUCUUCGCCAACCAAUACGACAGAGUCUUCCUCCCGGCCCCGGCCAGGCCUCACGCGAUCAACCUCUCACACUCCUAGGACCUCAAAUACGACCUCGACUACCUCGACCGCCGACGACCUUUCGACUGCCUCGCGCCGUUUCACGCUAGUGCCUGCUUUGUCCCAUCCCUUGGGUCCAUCAUCGAGGUCCACUCCCGAGGACUUAGAAGAGACAGACGAUUCCGCUGCUGUGCAAUCCACCUACGUCGGGGCGCCUCAUCCGGGGACCGCCAUCACUACAUCAGCAGAGCCAGAGCCACUGAGCCGUCGCAGCAUGACGCGGUCGAGAUCCGCGACGACAGGUACUGCAAUGGCCACCCCCGCCAACGAUACCGCCGAAGGUGGCAACCCCGGCGGCGUUUUGCCCUCCAUUCGAUUUUCCGUCUUCGUCGACCCUCGGAGUCAGCGACCGUCCCUGCACUUCUCCCCAAUAGCCCGCACGCUGCCGAGCGGAUCUGAGAUUAUACGUGUCGGUCGCUAUUCCGAGCGAGACAGCCAGCCAGCCGUUCCAGCGAAUGUCCCGUCGGCCGCACCAGUUGGCUUCAAGUCCAAGGUCGUGAGCCGACGCCACUGUGAGUUUUGGUAUGAAGAGGGAAAAUGGUACAUCAAGGAUGUCAAGAGCAGCAGCGGCACGUUCCUAAACCACAUACGUUUGAGUCCGCCCGGCCAGGAAUCCAAGCCUUUCCCGGUAAACGACGGAGACGUGGUGCAGCUGGGAAUUGAUUUCAAAGGGGGCGAGGAAAUGAUAUUCCGUUGUGUCAAGAUGCGGCUCGAGCUGAAUCGCGGCUGGCAAAACAAGCUGAACAAGUUCAAUAUGAACUCGCACAAGCGCCUGUGGAACAUGACCAAGACUGAGGGCGCCGGGGGCCAGAACUAUUCCCAGGACUGUUCUAUCUGUCUGAACUCGAUCGCUCCCUGCCAGUGUCUUUUCGUGGCACCGUGCUCCCACACAUGGCACUUCAAGUGUAUUCGCAGCCUCUUAUCAUCACCGCACUACCCCAUUUUCAUUUGCCCGAACUGCCGUGCAGCUGCGGACCUAGAAGCCGAGGUGGAGGAUCCCGAAGACUGGGAGCAGCUGGAGGACGAGGUGGAGAGCAAGGAUGGCGAAGACCCAGAGGGUAGCCGCUCAAAGGGACCUCGUCUGGAUCCUGCCCCUGUUGACGUGCCUAGACAAUCCGUGGAUAGAAUAAGGACAUCGCUGGAGCGUGCGAGGGCAACUGCGGCCGAACGAGCAAGGACCUCGAUUGAACGCUCACGGUCACGAACGAACGUACCGGCAGCGGCGAACGCACCAGAGACCGAGGCACCAGAAGCAGCGAUAGCCAAUGCCGAGAGUGCUGCCUCCGCCGAGGCAGCUAUGAGUGACGGUGGGGCUAGCACGCCCUCGACGACGGCAUCUUCUCGACCCGGCGGCGAGGGAUCGCACGCAACCUCUGACCCGGUUCCGAUCAAUGGUCGCAGAACACCCAGCCCAAACAGUAUCGGUGCCCAUGUGACUAAUGGGCACGAAGGGCCUAUCACACCCAGGAACGACGCUGGUCCGUGGGUGUUUGACGGUAGCGGUGCACGGAUCGGAGUCGCACCGGCCGCUGGAGCCAGACAGAGUCUGAAUGGGGUGGUAGACACGGAGAUGGAGGAUUGA